AACCAAAACCCAACUCCAUCUCUGCUUCAUCAAUCAACAUUUUACAAUCAUGGCCUCCUUUUCCUCUGUUUCAAAACCUCUCAUUGUGGCGGUGUUUGUAAUUCUGGUGGCUUCCGAGGGUUUCAUUGCCCCAGCUGGGGCGGCAGGAGAGUGCGGGAAGACACCGGUAGAGUCCGCGGCGUUGGGGCUGACGCCGUGCCUGGCGGCCACCAGGGAUGCCAGAGCUAAGGUUUCGCCGGCUUGCUGUAGCAGAGUGGCGGCGAUGUUUAAUACUUCUCCGAAAUGCUUGUGCGCUAUUCUGCUUUCGCCGGUGAGUAAGCAGGCCGGAAUUAAUCCGGCCAUUGCCAUUACCAUCCCCAAACGCUGCAACAUCAGAAACCGUCCCGCCGGCAAGAAAUGUGGGAAGUACACUCUCCCUUGAGACAGCAGCCCACACCCACUUUGAGAGAUGUUAUAAUGUUAUGUUAUAACUAUGCUACCAAAUUUCAUCCAAAUAAAUAAGGGAAUGAUUGUGUUAUUUUCAUAUUUACAUGUACGAGCGCUUUCUUUUAAAUAUAUUCGAUCCUCAAUAGAGGUUCAAACA